GGAGCUUAGGAAAAAAGAAAACGGGUGAAAAAAGCGGCGCUCUCACGUGGAGAGAGACUGUGUGAUUUUUGAGAGGCGUUGAGAGACUGCAGCCUGCACUCUGGAAACAUCUAUAUAGAGCAGCUGCCAGUGUUUGCUGUCCUGUACUUCAUGGCGUUCCUGCAGAGGGCUGGAGAUUACUGCCACGCUCAACAUUGCUGCUUUUAAACUGGGGAAGGAUGCUCUGCGCUGGUCUCUGCACACUGUGAGGCGUUACUGUCCCUGCUCCCGGCAAAGCCACUGUGAACUCCUGGCAGCUGAUGGGGUGAUUUUUCUGUUCCUGGCAAAAGGAAGCAGUCAUAGAGGCUUGUUUAGCUAAGGGAAUACGACUCAAGGACUGCCGAGUUUCUCGCAUGAGCCUGGUUUUGUUUGGAUUUUAAUAUUAAAGAAGAAUAAAAUACACACCAGCAAAGUUUGGACACUGCUGGAGAUCUAGAGAGUACAAUUAGUCACUUUAGUCGAUACAGUUUCUCCUGAAGUUUGGACUUUUACGAGAGACAUUAUGGCCCGGAUGAACAGGCCAGCUCCUGUGGAGGUUCGCUACAAGAACAUGAGAUUUCUGAUUACUCACAACCCCACCAACGCCACCCUCAGCACCUUCAUUGAGGACCUGAAGAAGUACGGAGCCACAACGGUGGUGCGCGUGUGUGAAGUAACCUAUGAUAAAACCCCCCUGGAGAAGGAUGGCAUCACCGUUGUGGACUGGCCGUUCGAUGAUGGCGCUCCUCCUCCAACUAAGGUGGUGGAGGACUGGCUGAGCCUGCUGAGAAGACGUUUCAUGGAGGAGCCCGGCUGCUGCGUGGCUGUGCACUGUGUGGCCGGCCUCGGAAGGGCUCCAGUGCUGGUGGCCUUGGCUCUGAUUGAGAGUGGGAUGAAGUAUGAAGACGCUAUUCAGUUCAUCAGACAGAAGCGACGAGGGGCGAUAAACAGCAAGCAGCUGACCUACCUGGAGAAGUACCGGCCCAAACAGAGACUGCGCUACAAACACCCGCACAUCUUCAAGAACAAAUGCUGCAUGAUGUGAACCUGCCGUCGAACCUCCAUCAUCGGACCUGAGCUUAUCUGGACGUUAUGGACCACAUGGGCCACAGUGGAUGCACUUUCGCUGACCUGCUAGCAUAGCAGGACCUGAAUAAACGGUCUGGUUAAAUCCCCAUUGGUGCCUAACACUCCUCACUCUCACUGUGGAGUGAACACUGCCAUGCCUUUCUGAGAUGUCAGGAUGCUCUGCAGGGCUCAGUGCCUCACCAGGUCAAUAUGAAGCACCAAAGGUAGUCUUUGACCUCGUAAGAUGCACCAGGACUGACACUCCAAAAAAAAAAAAAAAAAUGCCUCAAACGAUCAUGAUGGGCUGGACUGAGCCAGCUGAUGUGAAGCCAGUGGGAAUUGUGUGUAUAUGUGUAUGUAUAUAUAUUUCUUUGCAACUCUUUUUUUUCUUUCUCUCCUUUUCUCAGUCUGCCAGGAUUCUCAGGUCUGAAGUUUCAGCCAUCGCUCCUCUCGUCCUGUUCUUGAUCUCGGCUUUACUGUAGACUCGUGCCCCAGGCGUUUAGGCAGUUUGUGAGUAGUGCAGUAGUAGAACUGGGCCGAGAGGAGCUGGAGAAGGGCUCGUCUGAAUUCUCACUCUUUCUUUGGACAUGAAAUCUUUGCAGCGGUUAACGGGCAGCAAACGAAAGCUUCUGUGAAUUUAAUAUGGAAAUUGCUUGUAUACUACAUGCUUUUGUUUAUGUGCUUAAACUUUUUGUCCUCGAAGUCACUUUAAUGUUAAAAUGUAAAGCCGAACAUGGCUAAACUCCAUUACAGCAGUCGGUGGCUGCGGGCCCUCGAUACUGUUGAUAAUAAUGCCUACACAUGCACAUACAGGUCAGCUGACAUCCCAUAUCGCACCAGUGGCCUUGCCGAAGGCUGACGUACGCUGGAGAGAACAUGAACUGGUGUCUGGAUUUGAGAUACCUCCCUCUCUCUCUCUCUCUCUUUGCUUUUGAAAGAACACGUACCUCCUGCUGUAUAGAGAUGAUGAUGAUGAUUAUGAUGAUAAUAAAGGCUGUUUAUGGAUCA